AUGUACGUUUAUAUAAUAAGAGAAUGUAACUUUUGUUUUAGAAGAAAACAUGAUGGUGCUGAAAAAUGCGACGAUUUGGCCAAGCAACUUGUUGAGAAUGCGCUCAAUUUCAGCGUCAUCAUCGGAGGAGGCGUUGAGAACUUCUAUCAGAAGCCAGGCGCAUACACGCCAAAAGGAGAGGGAAAAAGAAAAGAUGGAAAAAACCUCAUUGAAAAGUGGGUCAAGAAGCAGAUGAAGCUAAAUAGGAGGCACAAGGUCGUAACGAAUUGGGAGGAUUUUGCAGAAGUGGAUCCAGCGAAGCAUGACUACCUUUUGGGUAACUGCCAUUUUACUCAUUUCUAA